AUGUCUUCAACAUAUCUAGUAUUGCCCCCAAUCGAUACCUCAUUGGGCUUGUUCGAUUCCGAUGCGGUGCUGUCCGGCUCGAGGCGGAGACCUCUGCCUCGUAUCGACACUGCCAUUCGACCACUGAGUGAAGAGAUAACCGAAGAUGUCAUCGCUUCAGCAGCUGAAGCGGUAGCAGAGGCCCUCGGGGUGUCUCUCAACGAUAUACCGGAAACUUGUGUGACAGCAUCCCGCCCAGAACCAGAAUCGAGGAGGCCGAGCUCCUUUUAUCCACCACCACCCGAGAAAACAUGGUCCACGCCAGCGCAGGCGACGUCGAUAGAAAGGCGGUUGAGCAUUGCCGUUGCCGAGACCCUGGGAAUUGACAUUGGCACAGUACCACGGGACGAGUCCUUUGUAGACCUCGGUGGGGACAAGCGCGCUGCGAUUGCUCUGCGGGCAAAAUGCUUAAAGGCAGGUCUGUCUGUCCAGACCAAGGAUAUACUGGGCUCCAAGACUAUCGCCGAGCUCGAGACUCAUGUCACGCCCUUCAGCCCGUCGCCGCUAACUAGUAGAACUGCCGACCUGCCACCAACCGGCCUAGUAAGCCCCCUUCAAUUAAGCUCGCCGUUGGCCGCCGUUAGUUCCGCGACCAAGGCCGCAGCCACGCGGCGCCGCUCCGCGUCGAGUGCCGAGGCCCAGACGCCUAUCGUACCCAAAGCGCAUCUCAAACCCAAAUCGUCCAAGCGCUAUCACAAUCAGGUUGAGCAAUGCCUCUCGCUCAAUGGGGAAGUUGCAAAGGCUUCAGUGCUCAAGCCGAAGGCUGGAUUGUUCGAAGGUCAAGUCACAGCCUUUUUGACAUUGUCGAGUUGCGUGGUUGAGGGACCAAACACGGGUGAUAUCAAGCUGCUCAAUGCUUAUUACACCAUUCCUCUGCCCUCAAUACGGAAAGCGGUCGAGGCAAAGGUGCCGCCAAACGUGGUACCAAAGGUGUGGAUAGUUCUCGAGCAAAUGCCACUGGAUGAGAAUGGCAAAAUCCAGCGACGAAAGCUGCAGACGUGGAUUCAGAACGCAAACGAGGAUCUCUACCAGAAAAUCAUGUCCAUCGACUCGCAGGACCGUUCCGGGCCCCCAGAGAGCGACAAUGAGAAAAAGCUCCAGAAGGCGGUAGGCAAGGUCUUGAAUCUGGACAUUGCAGAUGUUGGCAUGAACUUGUCAUUUCAGAGCUUGGGGGGAGACCAAACCACAGCGAUGCAGCUAGUGGUGCGAUGCAAGUCACAAGGUCUCUCAUUCAAGGUUGAAGAUAUCCUCCAAGAUAUGCCUCUGAUACAGCUGGCUGCCAUGGCGACACCCAGCGAGAUCUUUACCGACAAGAUCAACGAAGACACCACUGAAGAAUUUGAUUUGGCCCCGAUGCAGCGUUUAUACUUUCACACUGCCAUGGGCCAGAGAGCGCCCCUCAGGGCCGACAAGAAGAAUUCGUACCGCUUCAACCAAAGCACGUUGCUAAAAUUUAGACGGCCGACAGCGGUCGAAGACGUCCGUGCAGCUGUCGAGGCCGUCGUCGGUCACCAUUCGAUGCUCAGGACGCGGUUCCGAGCGAGACUCGGGUCGUGGUCUCAACACACUCUCACAGAUAUUCCCUCUUCGUAUUAUUUUGGCCAUCACACGGUAGGCACAAACACUGAGAUUGAGACCAUUAUCCAACAAGCACACGGUAGCAUCGAUAUCGAAAACGGACCUGUAUUUGCAGCCCAUCAUUUCCACACUCAUGAUGGCCAUCAGCUUCUAUAUCUGGUCGCCCAUCACCUGGUCACCGACCUGAAGUCGUGGCGAGUCAUCAUCGAUGACUUGCAGGAGCUCAUGAUGAACGGAAGCCUGGUCUCGGGUCGUCGCAUUACGUUUGCCGAGUGGAAUGCCCAUCAGCGAAGCCAGGUGGAAAGUGCCGAGGCGGCGACAAAGCUCCCCUUCGCCACGAGUGCUGCCGAUUUGGACUAUUGGGGAGUCAAUGAUCUGAGCAACAAGUACGGCAACACGGCAUCGCUCGGGUUCACUUUGGAGCGGGAAGUCACCUCGGCCUUGGAUGCUAGCAACCGCGCAUUCCGCACCGACUCGUCGGAUCUUUUCAUGGCCGCUCUGCUCCUCUCCUUCUCGCAGACUUUCCGCGACAGGCCAACUCCGUCGAUAUGGAACCAAGAACAUGAGCGCAUCGUACUUGACACCGAAAUCGAUCUGUCCGAGACAGUUGGUUGGUUCACAGCCCUCUGCCCUGUUGGACUUCAGGUCACGCCGACGGAUGAAAUACCCGAUGUGCUUGCCCGCGUAAAAGACGCGCGCCGCUCGAUAGCUGGGCGAGGCGUCCCCUUUUUCGCAGCCAAUAUGCUCAAUGCCGAAUCCGCCGACUGUUUUGUAAAAUCCAGGUGCCCCAUGGAAAUCAUCUUCACUUAUGCGGGCUCCGUGGAGAGCCUCGAUAGUCAAAAGAACCUUUUGGAGCAACUUCCGGUGACGGGGUCAUUGGCUUCCAGUACGUCAGAUAUUGGGCAUAAUGUCGGAAGAAUUUCAUUGUUCGAGGUAUCUGCAGCUGUCGAUCAUGGAGAGGCCAAAUUCAAGCUACUUUACAACAAGUGGUCCCGACACGAAGAUCUCAUCAAGGCGUGGAUGCGCAACUUUGAGACACUCGUGCGCGAGACGGUCUUCCGACUCCAGUCUCAGCCUCCAGAGCUCUCCAUGGCCGACAUUCCCUUGAUGGACGUGACCUAUGAUAAUCUCGCCAAACUCAACCGCGAAAUCCUUCCCAACUUGGGAAUCGACAUUUUAAACAUUGAGAACAUGUAUCCCGUCACAGCAAAUCAACAGGAUCUGCUUAUCAGUGAGCCUCUGAACCCGGGCAGCUCGCGUUCCCAGACUGUGUAUGAGCUCAAUACUCAUGGUAAAUUUGUGGACAUUGGCCUUCUCUGUGCAGCCUGGCAGCAGGUCGUACAAAAGCACCCUGCACUCCGAACUGUCUUCAUGGAAAGCAUAUCUCGGUUCAGCCUCUUUGACCAAAUCAUCCUACGGCGACACUCCCCCAAUAUGCUGUUCAUCGAGAACGACCGACCUGACACUGCAUUGUAUUCAAUGGAGAAGUUGACGCCCAUCAACCUCAUGAAAGGCACACCAUGGCACCGCCUAGUCGUCUGCCAGGCACCAGGCAAGACACUUCUCAUGCUGGAAGUCAGUCAAGCCUUGUGCGAUGCCUCGAGCAUCACUAUCCUCUUCAGUGAGCUUCAAGAGGUAUACUUUGGUCACGCUCUGCCCAACACAACGGAUGUACAUUACCCAGAGUAUCUGCAGUGUCUUAAAACCACGCCCGUCAGCACGGAAUUCUGGCGAGAGCUGCUCCAAGGCAUCCAAGAAUGCCAUUUCCCUAGCCUCAUUUCCAAGUCGCUGGAUACUAGAGCAUAUGAGCACACCUUUGUGGACUUGGGGGUCGCCCACGCAGAUCUCGAAGCAUUUGCUGAGAAAUACAAGCUAGAUAUAGCCGCCGUUCUGAGGGUUGCAUGGGCACUCGUCCUGCGAGCAUAUGUGGGCUCGGAUUCGGCGUGCUUUGGCUACCGUACGUCUGGCCGCGACAUACCUGUCGAUAACCUCUCAGACGCUGUUGGCUGCUUUUCAACGGAAAUGAUCUGUCGCCUAGACGUGCACUCGUCGCAGUUCAUAGCACAACUACUCCUCGACUCGGCAGAGAUUCAUCAAGAGGCCCUCCACCAUCAGCAUGUGUCGGUGAAUAGCAUCCACCACGCCCUUGAAACAAAAGGCCGCCGCUUGUUCAACACUUGCCUAUCAUUUGGGUACGAGUAUAUUGCCGAGGAGCCUCCUGUUGGUGUCAAAUUCCGGCACGUCCGGAAUAUGCAAGCCUCCGAGUACGACGUCAAUAUAGACGUCGUGUUCAAGAAUGGCACCGUGGUCAUUGAUCUUGGACACCGCAUCCUGACGUCAGAGCAAGCAAGUCAUGUAGGCCACGCAUUUGGGCGGGCAAUUUCAGCCGUCAUGGAGAUUACCGGUGGACAAGUCAAGGAAGUUGACCUUUUCAGCGAUCAUGACCACAGGCAGAUCCUCGUAUGGAACGGCCAACCAAAGAUCUCGCCUCCAAAGGAACACGUGCAUGAGCUCAUUGCCAAGAAUGCCAUCGAGCACCCCGACAUCCAGGCCAUAUGUGCUUGGGACGGGGGGUUCUCUUACGCCGAGCUCGACAAGAUGUCAAUGAUACUAGCCGGGGCGCUGAGCCAAGCUGGUGUCAAGCACCAGACACCCGUGCCCAUCAUCAUGGACAAGUCCCGCUGGGUGGUUCCGGCAAUGUUGGCUGUGCUGAACAUUGGGGCCUGCAUCGUGCCAGUCGAUACGUCUCUGCCAUCAAUAUUUUCCUGGGUCAUCAAAAGCGUUGGCGCAAAAAUCACGCUUGCAUCCGAGAGCGUCAGGAAGCACCUCAAAGAUGUCAACUGUGAUAUUGUCUUCAUUAACGAAGAAACCAUUGCAUCUUUACCAGAAGAGCCAACCUUGGUGACCUCGGCGAGAACUGAUGAUGACGAUGUUGCCUGCAUUCUGUUCAACUCUGAUGUGGUACAAACACGCCGAGGCAUCACUUACAGCCACUCGGCCCUGGCAACGGCUUGUGUUGGGCAGGGGCCGGCCCUGAGAAUCAAUCCAUCCAGUCGAGUUAUGCACUACUCUUCACAUAGUAGCGACAUAGCCUUGGCUGAGAUCUUCACGACCUUGACUAAUGGCGCCUGCAUAUGCAUUGGAAAAUCUGUCAAAGCAAGCGAUUUUGCGAUUGCCGCCCAAAGGAUGAAUGUCAACUGGACAUACCUGACUCCGACGCUGUCUCGCAGGCUGUCACCCGAGAGCAUGCCUGACAUGGCAAUUGUGUGCUUUCGAACGCAACAGCUAGACGACGACGUGUACAGCCAAUGGGCCGGCAAGGCCAAGAUCAUUCUGGCUUACGGUUCUGCCGAAGCCUGUGUACUGGGUCUUUCUGCUUCCGAAGUGCGCGAUCCUUUCGCCGUCCGUGGAAUUGGCAGCCCCUACUGUGGUAACUUCUGGGUGGUGAACCCCUCGGAUAGCAACAAACUGAUGCCUAUUGGUGCUGUCGGCGAACUCGUCAUCGCUGCGCCCACGUUGGCCGUAGGCCGAGACCUCGACGCCGGGCCAAUUCAGCUGAACAGCAAUAAGAAGAAGGCCAGCACUGCUCGCGAUGGACGCUCGAACCGCCCAGGACGCUUACUGAAGACUGGCCACUACGUUCGCUAUGUCGAACAUGGCCAGCUUGAGCUGGUUUCGGCCCAAGCAGACAACGUCGACCUCGGAAGUGGCAUUGUGAACACAGCCGAGAUUGAACGCAAACUGCGCCGAUGUCUUGGUCGCAGCAUCGACGUGGCAGUUACCAAGAUAGCCUUCAACUACACUGACAGCGACUCAGCCCCAAUAAUUGCUGCCUUUGUAGAGCUUGACGACGAGCUGUACCAUGGGGAGGACCUAUCAAGACUCAAACCCCAGACAAAAGAGCGGCUGUACUUGGCCAAGCAAAUGGCAGGUCUUUCUCUCAGGGGUGCCCUUCCGGACACAUUGGUACCCGUGCGGCAGCUUCCACUGACACCCGCGUACGAGGUCAGCCAUCGGGAGCUUCAGAAGAUGAUCAGGGGCCUCUCCAAGACGCAACUGCUGGGCCUGGCUCAGGUACCCAACCCACAGGAGGUCAACUCAGCGGGCCUUGAGCCCCUGCCGCUGACAGCGACAGAGGAAAGGAUGCGCUCGCUCUGGCAAGAGGUGCUUGGCUUGAACAACAAUAGCCCCAUUCGGCCAACCGACGGCUUCAUGAGCUUGGGAGGUGACCUUGACCUUGCUCAUAACCUUGUGGUUGCAUGCAGAGAACAGGACGUGGCCAUAUCCAUCCUGGACGUGGUCCGCAACAUGCCACUGGACGAGCUCUGCCGCGGUAUCUCCAUGCCCGACUCCCCCAUCUACCACGCAGAACAGAGCAGGUACAUGCAGCCAAGUCCUUCGAACGCGUUUGUGGACGACGCCAUUGUCCCGCAGAUUGGCGACCGCGAUAGUAUCGAGGAUAUUGCCGAAGCUUCAGCAACUCAGACCAUGUUCUUGGAGGGUAUGCUCAGCAGCCGGCCGGGAAAUGUCAACUAUUUUGUCAUCAACGUCAAUGGGCCGCUCGACUGGGGCAAGCUUGAGAAUGCCUGCUACCUCUUGACCAUGGCCCACCCAAUCCUCCGAACGGCCUUUGUCUCCCACAACCGCCAGCUAUUCCAAACCGUCAUUCGAACAUACCAUCCCGAAUUCCAGCGAUAUCAGUCCAACAGCUGGAGACUCAGCGGGCUGGCAGCAAAGGUAAUCAAGAGAGACCAAAUAAUGCCAGUCGACUUUCGCCAGCCGGCCACGAAGUUCUGGUACAUUGAUGCCUUGAAGCAAUCUGUCUUGGUCAUGAGGCUUUCUCGCGCGCAAUACAAUAAUCUCACUUUGCCCACACUCAUCUCGGAUCUUUCCAGGUUUUACGAGCAAGGCGAUCUACCAACUCCCCGCUCAGGGUUCUGUGAUGUUGUCAGAGCAACACAGCGCUCCUCCCUCAACAGCGCCCUAGACUAUUGGAGGGUCUUGCUGGAAGGGUCCUCGAUGACUGAAGUCAUCAGCAAGUCGGGGCCAGAUGUGCCAACGUCCAAGGCAGACUCAAAGACCUUGCAACAAGUCAUUCCGACAGGCUCUCUGAACAACUUGGGCAUCCCCUUUGAGACAAUCCUUAAGGGUGCCUGGUCAAUUGUACUGUCAAACCUCUCGGGCUCUGAAGACGUCGUCUUUGGCGAGUCGAGAUCAGGAACAUUUCCUGGCCUGGCUGACGCUGUAGGCCCUCUUGGCAACAUUAUUCCAGUACGCACAACCAUCCCGUCAGUUCCGACUUCGCCCCUUGAUUAUCUGAGGAACGUUCAAAAUCAACACAUCACGAGCACGAGCAUAGAGCAUGAAAACAUGCAGUGGUCAGACAUUGUGAAGAAAUGCACCAAAUGGCCCGUUUGGGAGAAGUUCUCCACCGUGGUUGAACAUGAGAACCACGGCGAUCGCGACGACUUGAUGAGCAACUUCAACAUUGGGAGUGUGGCGUGCAGAAUGAAUUGCAUCGAGUCCAACCACCAGAACACGGAUAUAUUCGUACGGUCCACCAGGUCGGGAUCGACGUAUGCCAACAUAUCGCUCACUUUUUCGGAGAAGAAAAUGCACCCCUUCUUUGUGCAAGAGGUUCUAUCUAUGCUCUGCGCAACAAUUUCUCUUCUCACGUCGGCUUUCAUUAUGGAGCCGAUCUCGCUCAGAGGCCUCCAUGACAAUGGCAGCACUCCACGAAUCCCGCUAUCGGCACCGAAACGCGAUGUGCAGUUUGCAGCGCCCGUGAUUUCUGUCUCACCGGACCAUGCGGGCGCGAUACACGCAGUCAUUUCAUCUGGCUGGAACGCCAUCCUCGGAGCCCAGGGGGUGGCAGAGGACGUGCGCUCGGUUCCAUUCUACCAAUUUACAUCAUCCCUGGUUCCAGCAGCAGAGCUGGCUCGGUACUACACGGACAGUAUGCCACGGCUGAAUUUGCCCGGCCUGGCGCAUGCAAAUUUUGCGCUCGAGGACAUAUUAGAAAACCCGACCAUGAUGAAGCAGUACGAGAUGAUAAUCUCUAGGCAGCAAGUUCCACCGCAGUUGAGACGGAGCCAAAGUUUUGUGCACACGGUCCGGCGGCGGCUGACCGUGACGGGCGGACCUGGGCCUGCCUCGCCUGGCGCCAGCUCUUCGCCCAUCAGGAAGACCAGAGGCGGCAGUGCCGGCAGCUCCAUGGAAUCAAUGACUACGGGCAGUAGUCAGAGCGACGAGGAACACUAUGAUGAGGUACCAGAAAUGGUGGCCCAGCCUCAGAGGAGGAAAACUGUGGCGAAACCGUUCGAGGUCAAAAAGCGAUCUUCUGUAUUGUUCGGAAAGAUGAAGCUAUCUUCGACUGGUGCUUAA